GCUUCACCCAGAAGACGAGGAAGGUCCGCUGUGGCGCGGAGGCCAUCUUUGGAGAGCUCUUUUGCUGGCCUCACUAUGGGAAGCUCAUCAUGGGAGAAAUGCUGUCCAUUAAGGUUUACAACUGCAGCAAGGUUUUCAGUAACAGGCUUCUUGGUACCCUUGUCCUCAGCCUUCAGCACCUGAUGACAUCUGGGAGGCUGAUUCUCCGGGAGGCCCUUGUUGAUAGGAACCACAGAGUCACUGAUAUCUACAUUGAGUUGGAUUUGCGCUACCAGCCUCCAGAUGGCUCAGCUGGGACCUGGGUUGAAGAGGACUUUGUCUAUCCGAUGAAAGACAGUUCAGAGUUAAUCAUCCACAAUCCUGGAUUUGAGGAGCUGGAGGCAGCUGAGGGGCCAAGAGUGAGUGAACUGGACAGGAGGGCUGCUACACUGGGCAGGAAGCUGGCAAAAGGUCUGGAGACUGAUGAGGAAGAAGAAGAAGAGGAAGAAGAUUUCUACGAUGUGUCUGAGGUGGAGGUGUCAGGUGUUGUCUUCAGCCCUGUGAAGAGCCGCUCCAGACUGUGCUCCACACGGGACCUGUUCACUACCCCAACCCCACAGAGCUUCCAGGUUGGGAUUAAUAUCAUUGAAGCACAGAAGCUGGUGGGGGUGAACAUUAACCCCUUCGUGGUAGUCAAGGUUGGAGAGGAGAAGAGGCAUACCACAACGCAGAAGUCAACAAACUGCCCCUUCUACAAUGAAUUUUUUUUGUUCGAAUUCCAUGAGCCAAGGGACAUUUUAUUCCACAGACUCAUAGAGAUCUCAGUUUUUCACUCAAAGAAGAUACCAUUCCUGGGAACAUGCAUAGGAACGUUCAAGAUGGAUGUCAUGACAGUGUACAGCCAGACAGAUCACAGGUUUUUCCAGAAGUGGGCUGUUAUCAGUGACCCCACAGACACCCGGGCAGGUGUGAAGGGCUUUGUGAAGUGCAACAUCUCCGUCACUGCACGUGGGGAUGUUGUUGGCUCCCUUCCCACCUCCACCAGCAGCCGGGAUGAGGACAUUGAAAGGAACCUGCUGCUGCCCAAGAGAGUCCCUGCAGAGAGACCCUGGGCCAGGGUCUGCAUCAAGCUGUAUCGUGCUGAGGGCCUGCCCAGCAUGAGUGCGGGCAUCAUGGGUGGUUUCUCCAAGAUCAUAGGGGAGAAAAAAGUCUUUGUCGACCCAUACGUACAGAUCUCAUUCUGUGGGCAGCAGGGGGAAACGUCAGUGGAGACCAACACCACUGAGCCCGAGUGGAACGAGCAGAUCAGCUUCAUCGAGAUGUUCCCGCCGCUGGCCAGGAAGAUAAAAGUCCAGCUGCUGGAUGAUGCCAAUGUUGGUGAUGUGGCCAUUGCUACACACUACAUUGACCUGCAGCAAAUCUCAGAUCCUGGCAGGAAUGGCUUUAACCCCAUGUUUGGUCCAGCCUGGGUGAAUCUGUAUGGCUCCCCCCAGAACUCAGCUCUGCGGGACGUCCACAAGGACCUCAAUGAGGGCAUGGGCGAGGGGAUCUUCUACCGUGGGCGCAUCCUCAUGGCCAUCUCAGUGGAGAUCUUCAGCAGCCCCAGCAUGGCAGAGAGGAAGCUUGGGGACAAGAUGAAAGGUGCCCUAAGCAAACUGAAGCUGAAGAAGAAAAGUAAGAAAUCCAAGGAGAAAGUCAAAGAACUGAGGCAGCUGCAGGGAGAGGAGGAGGCUGGGGGCUCUCAGGAGGCAGAGCAGCCUGGGGAGGUCACUGUGGAGGUGGAAGAGCUUCAUCCACUCCCUGAGAAUGCAUUGGGAAGGAAGGAGGAAUUCCUCCUCUUUGCUGCUUUCUUUGAAGCCACUAUGAUGGACUCCUCUCUGAGCUCCAAGCCUGUCAGCUUUGAAGUCUCUAUAGGAAACUAUGGCAAAGCUGAAGAGAUUGUGACCAAAGUAGGAAGAAAUGUGGAAAAGGGAGAAGUGAAAGAAGAAAAUCAGCCUUUGCUGGACCCUGGUUCAGAUGGUGAGCUGGAUGUUGAAGUCCUGGCCCCAGCUUCAGCAGCACUGAACAAGUCGGUGACAAAGAGCCAGAGACCAGAGCCCAUGGAGUAUGACAGGUCCUACAGCUGCCUGCCCAUGACGCAUGAGAAACCCUGCGUGUAUGUGUGGAGCUACUGGGAGGAUCACACCUGGAGACUCUGCAUUUCCAACUGGAUUGUCAAGCUCGCAGAGCGCCUGGAGCAAGGGCUGGAUGACGUGGAGAAGCUUGUGAGAAGGCCAAAGGCUAAAGCAGAAGAGCGACUCAGAGAGGUGCUAGAGGAAUUUGUAGCUGGAUGCAGGCAAUAUUCACUCAGUGCAGAGAGAAGAACGAUGUCACACCCAAACAGCCUCGACAGAUGUCGGACAAAAUACCUGAUGCGCAAUAUUAUCCUGUGUGCAAAACAGGGGCUCCGUGUGAAGCGGCGGCUGACUCGAGUCAACAUCAAGGAGAAGAUGAAGGACACAAGGAAGGUCCUGGCAAAGCUACGCUUUAUGGCUAAAGAGGGCUCCCCUGAGUUCCUGGGCCAGGCCUUUGCUGUCCCUCAGGUGAAGCUGGUCGACGAGCCGUACACCAAACCUGCCCUGCAGUUCUUUGAUUUCUACAAAGGCACCAAAGCAGCUGGAGAGCUCAUUGCUGCUUUUGAGCUGAUCGAGAUGGAUUACAGUGGCUGUUUGGAACCAUCAGUGUCUGAGGACGUGGAGCCCAAGGAGCCCGACUACCUGGGAGACCCCCGCGCGGGACGGUUCAUCAUCCCGGAGGGCAUCCGCCCGGUGCUGAAGGAGUUUCGCAUAGAGAUCCUGUUCUGGGGCCUGCGGGACCUGAAGCGGGUGAACUUGUUUGAGGUGGAUCAGCCCCAGGUGAUCAUUGAAUGUGCUGGCAAGAAGGUGGAUUCAGAGGUGAUCAUGGCCUACAAAGAGAACCCCAACUUCACCGAGCUGGUCAAAUACAUGGAUGUGGAGCUCCCAGAGCAGGUCUACCUGCACCCUCCCCUCAGCAUCUUUGUGGUGGAAAAGCGUGCGUUUGGGCGCACUGUGCUGGUGGGUACCCAUGUUGUGUCCAAUGUGAUGAGAUUCUUUCCCAGAGAGCUGGAGGAGGAACCAGAAGAUGUUCCCAAAGCUUGGAAAGUCUCAUCCCAGCGUCUUCCCUCUCAAACUGUGGUAAACACUGGCCUGGCAGCUGGUGACCUGGGUCCCAGCACUCACCCCCUGAGUCUUGUGAAGGCUCCUCUGAAGAAAAUCCCUAUCAGCAGGCUUGUAAAGAAGGAGGAAGAAUAUGAAGAGGAAAAACCAGAGCUGGAGGAACUGGAUUGGUGGUCUAAAUACUAUGAAUCCCUGAAGGAGCUGUAUAACCAGGCACGUGGUGAUGAGGAAGAUGCUGAGAAUGAUGACCUGAAUGAUGCAGAUGGAGGGAAUUUAAAUGCAGCCUAUAUUGACAUGGAAGCAGAAGAUGAGGCAGUAAUUGAAACUGAACCUCCUCGACCCAAGCGGAAGCUCAUUGCCACCCUUCAGAUCUACAACUCUGAGCUGGAAAAUGCGUUUGAAAAUUUUGAAGACUGGCUGUGUAUUUUCCCCCUUCAUCGUGGCAAAGCAAAUGAGGAUGAAGAUGGAAAUGAAGACGAACAUUUUGUGGGGAAGUAUAAGGGCUCCUUCUAUGUCUACCCCACUGAGGAAGCUGGCAUGGAGCCCAAGGUCUCUCAGGGUGUUCCAAGGAACAGACCCAUCAAGGUUCUUCUAAGAGUAUACAUCAUUAAGGCUACGAACCUAUCUCCAGCAGACCCCAAUGGCAAGGCAGACCCCUAUGUGGUGGUGACUGUGGGGCGAGAACAGAAGGACACAAAGGAGCGAUACAUCCCAAAGCAGCUCAAUCCUGUGUUUGGAGAAGUUGUGGAGCUGACAGUCUCCUUUCCCAUGGAAUCAGAACUCACGGUGGCAAUAUUCGACCAUGAUUUGGUUGGAUCUGACGAUCUGAUUGGGGAGACCAAGAUUGACUUGGAGAAUCGAUUCUACAGCAAGCACAGGGCCAACUGUGGACUGGCUUCUCAAUAUGACAUAAAUGGCUACAACAUGUGGCGAGAUGCUUUCAAGCCCACACAGAUCUUGGAUAGUUUAUGCAAGAAAAACUCACUCCCUGCAGCAGAGUACAGACAGGAGGAGGUCAAAGUGGACAAUAAAAUAUUCAAAGUCCCUCCGGAGGCUUUUCCUGAAG